CACUACUUUGGGUGCUUUUUUGUGUCAUUGGAUAUCUGGUCCUUUUUUCGUCUGCUUUGCAAUGUGUUUAAAAGUUGCCGUGGGAACUAGAUUCUCAAUUGUAGCUGAUUUGAAAUUGAUACAACUGUAAAAUGUCAGCACCGGGAAAAACUUUCCUUUGAAUUGCUGCUAAUGAUUCUAGUAGGCCUGUAAGAAGCACAAUGGUGGUGCUCAGGAUUUUUUAUUGGCACGUUUAACCUCAGUCUCCAGUACUGUGAUUACAGAAUGUAUUAGAGAAGUGUGUGGCCGGUCGAGAGUGAAAGUGAUCAAGGCAGCUUGUUAGUCCCGUAUGACUGACUCGAUGGCGUCCAUCCUGUGUCUGAGGGUGGUUGUUCGGUGGUCUCCACAGCUGUUCUGGGCUGUGCUGAGUGGGAUGCCACAUUACAGAACCUCCAGAUAGAAAUAUAUUAGAACAGAUAUGUAUCCUUUACGUAGAACAAGGAAUCAUGCCGCCUCCUAAAUGCAACCCUGCUGCCUCCUUCAGUGCCAAACGCAUUGGCUUUGACUGAGAGAUUGUGUGACUUCACUGAGUGAUGUCGGGAGCAGAAAGUGCAUAGGAUGGAUACAAUGUGUGUGCAUAAUAUGAAAGUAAUCUUUUGUAAUAUUAUGGCUUCAAACCAGAGGUCAACUCCACCAAUGUUUGUUUUCGUUUCUGAACCUGUACAUUUUCAUUCAAAGUUUUUAUUCCCCUCUUCUCUCAUGUCCCCUUCUCUCAUUUCCCCACCUCCCUUUCCUGUUUUCUUACCCUCUCAGUUGUUACUCACCCAUGCCUGUGCUCCCGCUCUCCCUGGCCUAUGCUCGCUCAUUCUGUGUGUGUUCUCUCCCCACCUCUCUCUUCCCUCUCAUCCCCAGUCGGUGCCUACACAGCCCUAUUCCCUCUCUGUUGCUCCCACCUAUCUCCAGCUUUCCCCCACAUCUCUAGCUGCACCUCUAUCCUGCUUCACCCAACCUUUCUCCUGCCUCUCCUCCAACCUCUCUCCUGCCUCUCCUCCAACCUCUCCACUCCUCUCUCCCCCAGCUUCUCCCCCUCUCUCUUUCCCAGCCGUUCCCCACCUCUCUCCCCCAGCCAUUCCCCCCCCAGCCUCUCCCCACCCAGGCCUCGCCCAGUUGCUACUCAUCCCAGGCUGUGCUCUCUCUCCCCAGGCUAGAAAUCGUGUGAAGCAUGGGUGACUGGAGCUUUCUGGGGCGGCUGCUGGAGAACGCUCAAGAACACUCCACCGUGAUUGGCAAGGUGUGGCUGACAGUCCUCUUCAUCUUUCGUAUCCUGGUCCUGGGGGCGGCUGCGGAGGAAGUGUGGGGAGACGAGCAGUCGGACUUCACCUGCAACACGCAGCAGCCCGGUUGCGAGAACGUGUGCUACGACGAAGCCUUCCCCAUCUCGCACAUCCGCUUCUGGGUGCUGCAGAUUAUCUUCGUGUCCACGCCCACCUUGAUCUACCUGGGACACGUGCUGCACAUUGUCCGCAUGGAGGAGAAACACCGGGAGAAGGAGGAGGAGCAGCGGAAGGCCAGCCGGCACCAGGAGGAGAGAGACCCUCUGUACAGGAACGGAGGAGGAGGAGGGAAAAAGGAGAAGCCCCCAAUCAGAGACGAGCACGGUAAAAUCCGCAUCCGGGGGGCUCUCCUGCGCACAUACGUGUUCAACAUCAUCUUCAAGACGCUGUUCGAAGUGGGCUUCAUCCUGGGUCAGUACUUCCUGUAUGGCUUCCAGCUCAGCCCCCUGUAUAAGUGUGGUCGCUGGCCCUGCCCCAACACGGUUGACUGCUUCAUCUCACGUCCCACAGAGAAGACCAUCUUCAUCAUCUUCAUGCUGGUGGUAGCCUGCGUCUCCCUGCUACUCAACCUGCUGGAGAUAUACCACCUGGGAUGGAAGAAGGUGAAGCAGGGGGUCAGCAACGAGUUUGCACCUGACCGAAUGGCGCUCCCCCUGGCCAGAGACGAGGCGGUGGAGUCCAACAUGAUCCAGGAGGGGAUCGCCCACCCGGUCCUCAACUGCCUGCCCACGUACGGUGGCGUGAACGUGGUGUACCUGCCCAACGAGCAGGCAAACGCCACGGACGCUUUAUCCGAGCAGCAGGCAGCGGCGGCAGAACUCAAGAUGGACCCUUUCCAUGAAGACUUCCUGCUGGAGGCUCCUCCCACGUCCUUAUACGGCGGCGAGGGCAGUGGCCAGCAGCAGUCCGUGGAGCAGAACUGGGCCAACAUGGCCAUGGAGCUGCAGACUCUGGACGCUGCCAAGUCCUCCUCCUACCCUCCUCCUCCCUCCUCCCCUUCUCCGCCACCCUCCUCCUCCUCCCACACCUCCUCUGAUCAGGAGCAGUCACCCCCUCCACCGGACACUGCCCCUCCUAUCCCCGACUCCCGCUCCUCCACCCUCCCGCUGGGGGAAUCGAGAAGGAGUGAGGAGCACCAGCAGCAGGAAGAAGAGGCGGCGCUGCCGCUGACGCACGUUGAUGAUGUCACGGUGACCCAGGUGGAGAUGCACGAGCCACCCGUUUUCAUAGCGGCGGACGCCCGCAGGCUGAGCAGGGCCAGCAAGACCAGCAGUGUCCGAGCCCGGCCCGACGACCUUGCCGUGUAACACGUACACACACACACACUCUCACACACCUUCACACAAUCACAUACAAACACAUGCAGACCCCUAUCCACCACCGCACCCCCAACGCCUCUGGGUUCUAUACAUUUUAUAUCUUUGAGGCUCAGGUGUCAAAUGUUGUGUGAAAUACAGAGGCGAUGUGGGAGGGGGGGCUCUGGAGUUGAGAUGCUCCUGACAUUACUCUCUACAAAAGUUGCGUUAUCUGGAGAUGCAUUCGGUGAGGCAUAGCUUAGUGCUUCAACGUUAUGAGGUGCCAACACGUGUGUGGAGAGGGAACACACACAUUCACUGUUUGCAGCUCAGAUGCCAUGAAAGGAUUAGAGAUAUUGGACUAACUAGUUUGGGACAUUAGCAACAUUUCGGAUGAAUAUAAUUCUGCUGUUUUCUUUAUUCUUUGAUGGUAGACAUCAGAAGAGGGUUUGCGCUUUCGUUAAUUUUUUUCUCUCCCCCCUUUUCUUUUUUCUUUUCUUGUGAUGGACCCUUUAAGAUGAAGCCGAUGUGUCCUAUUGUCUCUUCCUGGUGUCUGUCUGUCUGCCUCGUAGCUAGCCGUCUGUCUGUUCCAUACUCACCCUUCCUAUUAAGCUGAAUGAAGAGAGGGACGCUCUGACAGUAUGGUGGAGUGGAGAAAGACAGGGAUAGGGUACCUGGGUGGCACUUUAUUCAAAAUGACUUGCUAUUUACUUACAAAUGACAUGUUAAUCACACACGACUAGGCACAUUUUGGUACCAGGUAGUUAACAAUGAAGUACCCUCUGAUAAUAUGUAAUGUACCAGUAAAUACCAGGUUAAUACCAGUGCAUAAGGUAACGUCCUACCGGUUACUGUCGUGUGUAGCCAUACUAGUGUGAAGCUUCAACCUAUGUUACCACCGCGAUCCCAACCUGAGGCUUGGCUUGUGUGUGUGUGUGUGUGUGUGUGUGUGUGUGUGUGUGUGUGUGUGUGUGUGUGUGUGUGUGUGUGUGUGUGUGUGUGUGUGUGUGUGUGUGCGUGCGUGUGUGCGUGCGCAAUAGAUAUAUUAUAGAGUCUUGUUUCAAUGUCUACAACAACAUUUAGGCAGUUACAUCAGGGUAAAUAAUAUAUAUAUGUAAAUAUAUUACAUAGUACAUACAGGGUAUAUUAUACAUAUAGAAUUAUGACUUAUAAAGAACCCAUACUGACGCUUGUGUUUGCAGUGUGUUAAAGACGUGUGUGUCCUCAUCGUAAAGAAAUUCAGCAGAUUUAAGACUGUAGGCCCCCACUGGUAGUCAGUAUGGGAAGUUUCAGUAUAGUGCUUAGAGAGAGUAGGCAAUAGAAUUGCUAGAAGAUAGAUAGAUACAGAGUAUUAUUUAAGGCAAUGACAUUUCUUCUUUGUUACUGAGUCAUAAUAGCAAAAUCAAUAGGAAUGUGCAUUUGCGUAUCAUUUUCUUAAACUCCUGCCAGUUUUUUAAAUCAGAAAAUGGCUCUUAACAUGCAGUUGUAUUUAUUUUAAGCUUCCUGUUUUUUCUCUCUCCAGAUUAAUUAAUUUUUGUCAUCUAACAUUCAGGAAAAAAUCAUAGCUAUCGAACAAUGUUUUGGACAAAUCUCUUUUGCAUUUUGUACCUCUUUAUGUUUUGAACAACGGCAUAUUCUGUUACUGUGAAACUACAACUCACUACUACUGACUCCCUCAAGCACUUGACCUUUGACCUUGUUAUGAUGAGAUCAUAUGUUAUCAUUCCACCACCACAUGGGGGUUAUUACCAUAAAGCAACAAGAAGCAGGGGGCACUUCAAUUUUGCCACUUAAAGUAAGAACAGAAAGUUGUGAUUCUUACAGUACAUUUCAACAAUGUAGAUAGGCUGUUUGUUCCCAUUUCUCUCUCUAUCUCCCCCUCCCUUACCCUCACACUCGUCCUUCCUUCCUUCCUUUCUUUUCUCUCUUUCUUUUAUUCUCUCUCUCUCUCACACACACACACACACACACACACACACACACACACACACACACACACACACACACACACACGCAAACUCUACAUUGGGGUAUAUCUUGGAGUAGAGGGUUUAGACCGAGACUGUGAAUGGGCUGUUGCUGUGUUCUGUUGUAUGAUGUGUUAAAAUGCUUAGAGAAUCAGGUCUGCUGCUUGUUGCGUUGCCACACACACAGAAUCUAAGUGCCUCACUAAUCGUUUACAUACCAUGCACAUACAGUAUGUUAAAAAAAAGCCACCAGGUGAUGGGAUCGAGCUGUGACAUUGUAAUCCAAAAAAAACGAAGAGCAGGUCAGCUGUCCACCAAAGAGAGAAAAUCUAAAAUGGACACCAAUAGAACUCUGUUAAGAGUUGUUGAAAACAGGUUACGGUUCUGUUAAGUCAUAAUUUCUGUUUAUAACCUUGUCAUUUCGAUUGUUUAAAGUUGACAAUUUAGCAUGUAGAUAAUGAUCUGGACAGUUAAGACAGAAUGGUGUUCUAAGAUCAAAUAACAAAGGACAUCUCAAAAAGAGGAUGUCUCAGUAUUUUAGAAAGUAUUUCUAUUUAUGAGAGAAUUACCAGAUUACCAAAUACAAAAAAGUUGAUUUUGAAAAAAAGAUUGCAUCUUUGUUGACUUUUUUGUCGAAAAAAUACUGGAGAGGUGUUUGGCUAGGUUAAAGUUAUACUCCAUUGUUGUGUCAGGCACCCCCCCCCCCCC